AGCACCCCCACCUGAGUCAUGCACGAUCCUUCUUGGCACAAGACCUUCACCUUCUAAGCUUAGAAUUAGAAAUCCAUUCUACAGAUAGUACAUUUCUCCUACCUCCUCUUUGUUUCCUCGAUCAUGAAUGCUCUUUGCUUUUGGUUUCGCAUAAUUUCUUUCUGGUGUCUUUAUUUGGACUCCCUCUCCUCUUGUUUUCCCGUGGCUCUAACGCUAGUGCAGCGGCCGUUGAAAACAAUAAGCAAGAAGAAAAAUGUUAGGACAUUAGUUAAUACAGCAGGUUCGACUCCUGCUCGCAGAACAAAAGGUGACGAAGCUGUUGAUCCUCGUAAAGAGGCCACUCCUGGUGUAUUUGACCGGGGUCGGGAAAGAAGUCAAAGCCACUACACAUCGAGCACGUCGACGUUUCUGCACAAACAAACGCACCAGCGGGGCGGGGAACAUCAAGAAAACCAUAAACUACAUGCGGCACAGAAAUUAUCGGGUCUGGAAGGACAAGGUCAAGGAGACGGACCAGGAUCCUUUGCGCAGGUAGAAGUUGUAGAGAACAAGCCCCGGUUGUUGGUGGACUACGGCCCCAGGAGCAAAGACGACGUCGAUGUCUUUUCGAUUACAUCAGGAGAACAAGACACGACGACCGGAAGAACAAAUUCCGAAUACUUUCGUACGGCCCGCCCUGUGCAGCUGCCCUCGACUAUUGCAGACGCAACCGAAAAAAAAGUGCAACCCAUGGCCACGACCACGAUCGCCGGUCCUUUUUUGUCUCCGAUGGAAAAGGACAGGAUGCACAGUCUCGAGGAUGAAAUUGCAAAAGAAUCUUCGUGCAAAGCCUGUCUCGAAAAGUGCGCAAUCAGAGGGCGGAUGAAAAGGCCAGCACACGGAUCAACAUCGUUGGUCCCCUCGUCAGAGCCGCUGGGGCUGGUGCCUCAAGAACUUCUACCGGACCACGUGGGCGAAACGCCAGAACCACAGCAGAUGCAGAAUAUGUGCACGAAGUUUCAGUGCUCCAUGCGGGAAUUCUCGUGUGUCGCGUUUCCACUUGCACAGAGAAGUGCGUGGUACGAAGAGAUAAUGAUUUUGAGUCCCCGACGAGAUCAUGGAAGUAGCCAAUUCUUUCCGGAGGUCGUGAAGAUUGAUGAUGAUAAAGUGGCUCUUCCGAGUCCUAGUUCAGAAGUUGCAGGAGUGCGCGAGGAGGUAGCAGGUCUUGGGCGUGGUCAACAAGAAAUCGUAAACGAGAGUACCAAAAAUCCUAAUCCAGCAGCGCAUCACGCAAAAGCCUACCUAGGAGGACGCGCAGCGGGACGAUCUGGUGCAGCCGUACUAGUACCUGCGAGUCGUUAUGUAGAUGGCGUCACACGACCACCGCCGUCGGGCGAUAAUAACAUGCCUGAACAAAUGAGAACCACGGGGGAACUGUACCGGGAGCCGUCUAAGAGUGACAAAUUGGUCACCAUGCCGCGUCCUCGUGAGCCGGGAGAGGCGCAGGCCUGCGCGUUUUGCUACGGGGGGGAGGAGGAAAGUAGAAACACGCGCGUACAAGAACAACUACCGGCCACCGGAGGAGAGGCCAACGCGAUUGGUGCAACUGCAAAUCAGCAUCUUCCUGGUGCAAGCGGCGAAGAAGUAGAAGGCAGUGCCGGGCAAGGACAAUACGAAUACCCAGUUCCGUAUGGAAGUGUCAGAAUCGAAAUUGACAAAAUCAAAAUGAUUUGCCAUGCAUAAAAUGGAUUCCAGUUCGAACUCAGUUUCUAAGUGGCGCAUGACAAAUUCUGGUGGUGUGCAAAUCCAGUUUGUAAUGCUGUUUAGGCAAAGAAGGCUGAUUCUCUCAUGCUGCUUUAGCAGCGCGAGCUAUAACCCCAAACAGGCUUACAAUCGGCCUCACUUGCCUGCUCUGCAACACACGUAUUUCGCGUCGUGCAUUUGAUGCAUGACAAACUUUUCGAUUUUGUCAAUUUCGAUCCUCACAGUUGCAUAUUCCAGAGACCACCACGAGUCCCGGACAGAAUCUACUGAAAGACACGACGACGGGGACUACUGUCAAUACCGCAAAUCCUCUCGUGGUCACCACGACCCCAAGAACCACGACUCGCGCCCCCCCAGGAAAAUUGCCACAAGUACGUCCAAGCACCACGACGAGAACCCCAUAUCGAAUGCAAAAAUGUCUGGGUCUGGAAGAUUGCAGGAGUUUGUCAUGUAUCUGCUGGAUCACGCAACUGGUCUCUAAUGCACGCAAAAGCAUUACAGGUUUUGCACAGGCCUCGUAGCAAGAAAUGGGAAGUUUUUGGUGCUUAUGCAACACAAAUUUUUGCCUGUUCCAGAAAUCGCAUGACAAGUUCCAAUCCUUCCAGACCCAGACAUUUUUGCAUUUGAUACCCCAACUAUUAUAGACACUGGCUCGACCACUGAGACGAGGAACCCAACGAUUAUACCUGUAGUCGUUGCUACGACCACCAGUCGCCCAACUAUAAUAACCACUGCCGCCCCCGAGCCCGAGGUCGUGGUUGAUAACGAGCUGAAACGGAACUGCGCAAGGAUGAUUUACAGUGCGGGGAAUUGGCACACUUGUCGGGUUAUCCACUGCAAAUAUGUCUGGGUCUGGAAACUUGUGAUGCAAGAAAGGAACAAAUAGUGAGCACACUCUGAUGCGCUGCCAAGCAUGACAAGUUUUUCCGUGAUUCUGAUUUGCGUACCCCGCAUGAGAAACUGCGUUUUUGCAUGACAGGCAAGAACAGAAGCGCUUUGCGGCCGCGCAAUACAAAGUUCAGAGACAUGCUAGACUAGCAUGACAAAUCUCGCAAUAAUUACACAGACCCAGAUCGAUAUUUGCAGUUGAUACGGAUCGCCCGCGACGAGUGCGUGAUUUUCCAGUCCGGGGACGUCUUCACGCGCUGUGCGGGCAGUUAUGGGAGUACACCACUCCCCCUCCCCCUCAUUUGUAUGGCAUGAACUACGGCAAUACAAGCGUCAGCAAGAAUGCCGGUUUUGCAUGACAAAGUUGCCCAGGACGAGUGUAGUACUGUUUGGGCUUCCGGAUUUGUUUGUCAUGCAAGCAGUGCCAAGAGGCACAGCCUGGAUUUGGUAUUUCACAUGACAAAUGAGGGGAAUGGGGAGUCGUGCAGUGUCAUAGCAGUUUCAUCACCGUCGACGGUUAUUUGGAACUCGUGUCCAACACGCAAAUCGAGGCGAGAAGAAUCCACGUGUCCAGCAGCGGGAAGUUCGUUGCCGGUGUGGACAAGAAUCCAGUACUCGGUGUGGAGAACGUGAGAAUCAUUCUGCACCACGAUUUCUGCGGGUUCGACCCCCACCCCCGUCCAGACAAUUGCCUCCAAAGUGGAGAUAUCAAAUGUAAAAAUGUCUGGGUCUGGAAGAUUCUGAGACUUGUCAUGCACGUUUUGCAUGGGCCAUGAUGUCUGUGAUGCAUGCCCUAGCAUCACAGACUUUUUGAGGGCUCUGCGAUGCCUAUUCCGCAUGGCAAAUGCCCUCUCCGCGUAGCCAAAAUUGCACUCCCUUUGCUGCUUAUGCAAUACAGAUUUUUUUGGAAUCCAAAUGCAGCAUCACAAGUUCGGAUUCUUCCAGACCCAGAUACUUUUGCAUUUGAUAGGGGAGCUGAUGUCAGAAGGGGGGAUUGUUCGCUUGUAUGGACGACCGAAAACUUCCUGGUCGCUCCUGAUCGAGGACAGCCCGCAAUGUACCAAAUGUAAAAAUGUCUGGGUCUGGAAACUUGUGAUGCUGGGUGGCGUCUCAUGAUGAGGCCACAAGUGCUGGCUCAGCAUGACAAGUUUCUGAGCUUCUAGGUGUUGCCUAUUCUGCAUGACAGACUGCGUUUCUGCAUCACAGAAAAAUGGAGCUCUUGGGCAAGGUGCAUGACAGACUUAAGAGUCAUGCCAGACAAGCAUGACAAACAUACAUUCUUCCAGACCCACACAUUUUUACAGUUGAUACAAUGGGCGAAAACCAUGACGGUUUUGGCGUGCGACAAUUGGCAGGUGGGGGACUCCAUUGUCGUCGCCGCCACCGGCGGGGAGCACUUGGGCACGAGUGGGCGGGAAGCGCCCGAGGACUCGGAGAGCGAGAAAAAGCAGCUCACCAAAGUCGUAUGAAAUGCAAAAGUGUCUGGGUCUAGAAACUUGUAAUGCUAUAAAUAUAAGUCUAAGUGAAUGUUGAUAGAUGCGCCGCAAUACGCAGCUAUGCAUGACAAAUUUUGAUGUGGCUGCCAUGUCAGACGUAUUCCGCGUGGCAGACUGCCUUCUCGCAUGUUGACAGUUAAGAGGGCUCUUUCGUGCCUAUGCAGGACAGAUUCUCGAGUCAUGCCAGACAAGCAUGACAAACUUGCAUUCUUCCAGACCCAGACAUUUUUGCAUUCGAUAAGUCGACCGGAUUUACAACGGGCCGGAAAUUUGCUGGAGCCAAAAGGGCCGGGGGACGGAUGCGACGCCCCAGUGCUCGAUAUCAAAUGCAAAUAUGUCUGGGUCUGGAAGAUUGCUGAGGUUUGUGAUGCUGUGUCUGCUUGACAUGGAAGGUGUGCCAUGCGAGGCCUCGCGUCACAGGUUUGCAGACGGUUUCCCAAUGCUCAAUCCGCAUGACAAACACCUUCUUUCGGCGACAGGAAAAGGAGCUCCCUUUCCUGUCUAAGCAUGACAGAUUUUUGUGUGAUCCAAGUAUGCAUCACAAGUUCGCAUCCUUCCAGACCCAGCCACUUUUUUGCAUUUGAUACUCGAGAAACUAUUGCAAAAUCGAGACGGACUGGGGGUUACACCGGAUGCGGCGGGUAUCGCAGGAAAAAAACUGUUUCACUGUAAACCUGUAAUGCAGAAAGUGCAAUCUUAGAAGUGCUUGUCUUGCUACUUACGCAUGCUCAACAUGCAAGACAGUCGAUUUUUAGCUGGGUUUUCGCUUAGGAACCUCGCAUGGCAAAGCUCCUUCUCUGUCAUGUGAAGCAAACUUGUGAUGCAAAACCUGCAAAAUCCUUACAGUGAAGCACUUUUUUCGUGGGAUAGCGGGGCAAGUGGAUCCGCGAUCUGAUCCCCUUGCAAGCCGAAGUGGGGAACCUAUCGCGGGGGAUCGUCAUCACGGGGCCGUUUUACCCGUAUCUCAACCACGACCCGGAAAAGGGGUCGCAGGGAAUCACGACGAUGCAGAUGACGGGUUGGAGUGGAGAGCCUGGCGCGAUGGAAAUUUUGCACACGAGAAUCGAAAACUGCGGGAGGCGGUACCGGGGUAGCUACUGCUUGCACCUGCACCAAGUCGGCUUUUGUGCGCGGCAGGAGAAUUGCCGGUUUGUGGGGAACGUGGUCGAGGACGGCACGGCCAAGGGGAUCACGGUGCACGGAACGCAAAACGCCCUGGUCGAUCAGAAUGUUGUCGUGAAUGUGCGGGGCGUGAGCCUGUAUGUGGAGGAUGGGAACGAGAAAAACAACGUUUUGUCCAAUAAUUUCCUCGUUUGCCUGAAAAGAGCGAACUGCAGAUUUGAAAAUUCCGCGAACGUGAAGGAAAACGUCGACUCGGAUUUUAAAGAGCAGUCGGCCCUGUACCUGCUAAGCCCCACGAACGACAUUAUCAACAACCACAUUGUCGGCCACGAGAACGUAUGCAUUGCAAAAGUAUCGUACUAGUAGAAAUCGCAUGACAAAUUCCCUCAGCAUGAAAAAUGGAAUUUGUAAUGUGGAUUUAGUUUAAGAAGGAGAUCUGUAAUGCAUGACUGCGAUUACUACGAGUACGAUGCUUUUGCACAGCAUAAAACGCCUUUUACGUGAACGACCAGGGGGGCCACGGCGGGCGCGGAAUCGAAGCCGCGGCCGGCCGGAUUUGCCAGCAGAAUCUGCCCUACGGGAUAUCCACUGCAAAUAUGUCUGGGUCUGGAAACUUGUGAUGCUAGUUUGCGAAUCGUGAGCGACCUCCAACAUGGGGACGCGCAUGACAAGUUUCUGAGCGACUAGGUCUUGCGUAUACUGCAUGGGAAACAGCGUUUUUGCAUAAUACAAAAAAAUAGCGCAGUAGCGCAAUAUGCAUGACAGAUCUUUUUCUCGUCCUAUCAUCAGAGCAUGACAAGUCUUGCAAUCUCCCCGACCCAGAUGACAUAUUUGCGUUUGAUACGGGAGGUUUGAAGACAACAGUUUCCACAACAACAACGGAUUCGGGUACGAAACGCAAAAAUGUCUGGGUCUGGAAGAGUGUGAACUUGUCAUGCAGGUUUUCCAUGACCCGCGAGGUCUGGAAUGCGGGACCUAGCAUGACAGAGCCUGUGAGGUCUCUUCCAUGCCUACCCUGCAUGAGAAACUCCCUCCCAACUUGGUCGAAAGUGGACAGCUUUUGGCACUCAUGCAACACAGACUUUUGCAUGGUUCGGAUUUAGCAUGACAAGUUGCAAUCUUCCAGACCCAGACAUUUUUGCAAUCCAUAUCGGCUGGUACGGCACCAACAACCACUGGCCGCGCAAGGUUAUCUUGUGCAAAAGUAUCGUACUCGUACAAAUGCCAGUCUCGCAUUACAAAUCUUCUUUGCAAGGCAACUCUGCAUUACAAAUUUUAUUUCUCAUCCUUAGGAAAUUUGUAAUGCAUUUAUACGAGAAGUGCGAUACUUUUGCAAUGCAUAAAGGUCCGCACCGACCGAAACGGGUUCGUAUCCGACUGGGGCUCGUAUCCUAUGUAAAAACGCCCCCACGCACCCCAGAGUCAAGAUGGGGAGUCGGCUAGACAAAUCCACAAGCUUUGGCUGUUUUGCAUGACAAAUUUGGACUCGGAGCGUACUACUGUUUGAGGUAGUUCAGCAGCAUAGAAGAUCUAGUAUACCAUGCCGAUUAGAGCAUGACAAAUUCCGAAACACAAAAAGAAAAUGCUUCCUAUGGAGCUCCGCAUGACAAACAUUCUUAGCAUGCAGAUUUGCAUAAUAAGUACAACUAUGGGGAGGUCGGGAUGUUUUUGAAUGCGAUAGCUCGUGUCUCCCCUUUACGCGGGAGGGGUUGGACAACGCGAGUCCCAUUUUGGUGAAAAACCACUUUGUAUGGAUUGCAAAUAUGUCUGGGUCUGCAAGGAUUCGAACUUGUGAUGCAUGUUGUGAAUCGCAUAAAACUCUGUGUUGCGUGGCUCUCAAAAGGUGCCCAUUUCUGGCCAUGCUGAGAGGGCAUUUGUCAUGCAGAACAGGCAUCACCAAGGGGCUGCAGAUCCUGUGAUGCUAGACCCGGCAUUCCAGACUUGGUGGAGCUUGGAAAAACUGCAUUACAAAUCUCGGAACCUUCCAGACCCAGACAUUUUUACAUUUGAUACUUUGAAGCCUUCAACGACUUCGCGGCGGGAACCUACUCUAUGGGGGACAUCACGUUCGAGAACUACGUAUGCAGUGCAAAAGUAUCGCACUCGUACUAAUUGCAGUUAUGCAUUACAAAUCUAGUUGUUAAGGUAAAUCAGCAUUACAAAUUUAAGUUUGUAAUGCUGAGCUAAUUUGUAUUGCGAUUUAUACUAGUACGAUACUUUUGCACAGGAUAUUACGUGGCUUUUGGGAACUUGAAGGGCUUCUACUGGAAAACGUACCGAAGGGGGGAGGGAGCUGGGCCGUUCUGUCGGUAUGAUCCCGGAGAAGAAAGCUGCUAGCAUGUAGUUGCCACAUUUGUAACGGCAAAAGUGAACGACCCGCGACUCGGGCCCGGAACGGCAAAUCGCUUGCGCAGAAAAUAAACAAAGCGGCACACUUUCAUCCCGGUCUACUCAUUGCCUUUUUCAAAAUCCUAUCCGCCCGUUCUUCUCAUCGAUUGCCAAAACCUGCCUCCGCAUGUAGUUUCGAAAAUCCUAUCCGCUUGUUUCCAGCAAGCUAAUUUAGGCCUAAGCACCAUGGCGAUCCGGGCCUGCUGCCCAUGACAGAUUUUUAUUUACUGCCUGUUUGUGUUUGUUCUUUUUGCAUUAGCAGUUGCAUCAGAAAUGCAAAUGUGCCGUCGGUACUUAGCAGCUUUUUUCUCUGGGAUAGCCGGGACUGUCUUUUUAUCAAAUGUAAAAAUGUCUGGGUCUGGAAGAAUGCGCGACUUGUCAUGCAGCUUUUCAAUGACCCAUGAGGUCUGGAAUGCAGGACCUAGCAUGACAGAUUCUGUGCGAUCUUUCUCAUGCCUAUCCUGCAUGAGAAACUGCCUCCCGACUUGGUCAAAACUGGGCGACUUUUGGUAGUCAUGCAACACAGAUUUUUGCAUGCUUCAGAUUUAGCAUGACAAGUUGCAUUCUUCCAGACCCAGACAUUUUUACAUUUGAUACUUUUUAUGGCGAACAACCAGCAGAUGGAAGGACCGGGGGGCAGUAUGAAUUGCAAAAGCAUCGUACUCGUAUAAGUACAGUACAAAUUUCCUCAGCAUGAGAAAUGAGAUUUGUAAUGCAGAUUUGCCUUGGGAACGAGUACGAGAUUUGUAAUGCAAUAUUUGCAUUUAUACGAGUACGAUACUUUUGCACAGGAUAGGCAGCGGCCACGUGGAAUUUGUGAACAACAAAUUUUACACUUCCGCAGAAGAGCAUCACAACCCCGCCAUGGUUGUGUCCUUUAACCACCAUUGCAACUUGAAUAACGACGAAGACACGGGGGGACUCUGUGCUUCCCACUUCGACUACCGGCUUUCGUCCUUCCACGGGGGUACGGACUGGCAAACCCCGCAAAUCAACUUCUGGUCACAGCAUGAGCGGGGCCGGGCGCGGUCGGAUUCGCUCGUUUUGCUACACGACAGGUUCCUCAUGUCCACCGACGCGGCCCGGGUUUUCGACACCAGCCGUUGCAGGACUCAGCCGGCCCCCUCUCAGGGUCUCCACUACUGCCCCCGGGACUUGGAGCUCCGGAUCGUGCGCAUCCACAGCCCAGACCGCGGGAUGUUAAGAGUCUACAACCAUGACCGAUGGUUCGACGUGCCCUUCAUAGGCCACGGCAAGGGCUGGAGCGGCGGUGCCGUGACGCCCGGCUGUUGGCGGCACGGGGCGCCGAGCGCGCCAGACGGGACCUGGGGGUCGGUUCGCGGCUGGGAGAAGUGCGAGCACAACAUCAAACCGCAGGGGUACACGUUUAUCGUCAAUCAGGACGCGCAUUUGACCUUGUCCUUCACCGGGGGAACGGGGAACAUGGAGGGCCGUGAGGAUGUGUUUGUCUUCGAGUACGCCGUAUGAAAUGCAGAAGCAUCGUACUAGUAUAGAUUGCAUUACAAAUUGACUUAGCAUUACAAAUUGACUUUGUAAUGCGGAUUUGCCUUAUCACAACGUUUUGUAAUGCAUAAACGCAAUUAGUACGAGUACGAUACUUUUGCACAGGAUAAGCCGAGCGCACGCUGGAGCCGGUAACGCAGAUCCACGUGACCGUACAACAGAACAGCCCUGGCAUCCGGAAGGAUAUGGCGGACGGACACCCGUGCACGAUCUCGUCGCGGCAUACCCGGUCGCUCAUAACCGCUUUUGGGCCCAUCAACGCGGCGGCAGGGGCGUGGUGGGAGUGUAAACGGUACUGGGUCAAAAAAGACUACGCGACAACUUUUUACGACCAAGCUGUGAAAGAGCUCCAGGCAAGGUAGGCACAAGGGUGACGGAGGAGUUGCAGCCUGGUUUUUUUCCGAUUUAUGAGUACAGUGGCU